AGUGUGGAGAAUGUACUGUUUAUUCAGACGGGAGUUGGGAUUCUUGGGAAUUUCUUCCUCCUGGGCCUCUACAGCUUCACUUUACUCAUUGCCCAAAGGCUGAGGCCCAGAGAGUACAUUUUUGCUCACUUAGCCUUGGCCAACUCAGAAGUGCUUUUCUCCAAGGGAAUCCCUCUAAUGACUGUGUGUGUGGGCAUCACAAAUUUCUUGGAUCUCAUUGGGUGUAAACUUAUUGCUUAUCUCCAUAAUGUGGCUCGGAGUGUUUGCCUCGGCAUCACCUGCCUCUUGAGUGGUUUUCAAGUCAUCACCAUCAGUCCCAGUAACUCCAGGAUGUGGCAUCUGGGAGAUUGUUCAACUUUCACUCCUGCCUCUUUUAAUGCCGCACUUUUUGCAACUGUCUUUUCUAUUCUUGAUUUGUGUGUGGGAUUCAUGAUCUGGGCCAGUGCCUACUUAGUGUUUCUUCUGCAUAGACACCAUCAGAAAGUCCAACAUAUUCACAAUCCUUAUAGCUCUCCCAAAACUUUCCCUGAGAAAAAAGCCACCCAUGCUAUCCUCCUACUAACCAAUGAUGUCAACCUCAAUUAG